AUGUCGACUGGAGCGACGACGCGAGGGCAGAAAAGACGGAGAGGGGCGAGAGAUUUGUGGGAGGUGAUCGUGAAGUGCGACGAUAUUUGUUUCCAACAUAUUCUUCCGAGAUUGCAUUCGAACGAUGUGAAAUUCUUGCACGGAGUGAAUACGGAGACGAGAAAGUUGAUUAAGAGAUCGUCUCGUGCGGGGGAUUUGAAGAAGAAGUUUAGAGUGAACGAGAUGUCCUCGAUAUCGACUUUGGAAGUUGCGUGGGAGCAUUAUCCGUGGGGCAAGUUGCUAAAGUACGGCCGAAGGAUGGACGAAACAUAUUUCUCCGAGCAAGUUGCUAAAACGAAUAAACUCGAGUUGCUCAAGUGGGCGCGAGAGGAGAAAAAGUGUAAGUGGGAUGAUAGGACGAUUCAUACGGCCGCAGAACAAGGUAAUUUGGAAAUGGUAAAGUAUUGCGUGGCAAAUGAGUGUCCCAUCAAUGCGGAGGCGUGUGCAUGUGCUGCCCAAAACGGUCAUCUCGAGGUACUCAAAUACUUACGCGAAGAAGUCAAAGCGCCUUGGAAUUUGGGUACUGCCAUUCGGGCGGCUCACAAUGGUCAUCUUCAUAUACUCGAAUAUCUUGUCGAGCGUAAAUUUGAUAAAUAUGAUGAAUGGGCGUGUGAGUAUGCGGCCAAGUUCGGCCAUUUAGACUGUUUGAAGCACUUGCACGAAACCGCCAAAGCGCCGUGGGACUCUCACGCCGUACGAAAAGCGCACGAGAAAAACCACCCAGAAUGUGUACAAUACCUCCUCGACAACGACUGUCCUCUCCCACCCGGUUGGCGAUACGAACAUGGAGAAUUGCACACGUCCGGAUCAUCAUCAUAA